ACGUUGUCUCGUGCUAACAAAAAAAUCUGUGCGCUCACUCGCUUGAUUAAACUUCUUGAACUGUUGCGUGUAGCUUUCCCCAAUAAUGGUUUAAACCGGUGUUAGAAGCUCGCAAAACAGCAUGCUCUUCUGAUCCCAGCAAAUAUCCUAUUUCCUUGAUUUUGACUGUAUCCGGCUUGUUUUAAAUAUUUCUAAUUAGUUACUUGUGUGCCUCUCAAAGGUUUUGAACUCUCUUCUUGUGUUGGCAACAAUCUUAUCCGAGUAAUGCUUCCAGUUCUUCAUCUUCUAAUCCAAAAUCAGCAGUUUUAAAUCGUGCGAACCACGUCUGGCACGUUUGUUUAGGUGGAGCAUGUUCAUUAUAAACUUUCACCGAAACGCGAUAACUUUAGGCUGAUUUUUCCUUCGUAUUAAAGUAAUUUUGGAUAAGUCUCCACAAAGUUCAACAUAUUUGAUUGUAAAAAAGUGAAAACACCUCAUCACCGAUUUUCUAUUUUCGAAUCGUUACAAGAUCGCAGCAAAAUAUAUCUAUUUUUUAAGCGACUGGUUACUGGUGACGACUACUGGAUCACUUACGAUCACGUCAAGCGAAAACAUCAGUGGUCGUACCGCGAUUAGCAGUCUCAAGCGGUCUCCAAGCGGCGAUUGAUGGUCAGGAAGAUUUUGAGCUUGUCCAAAGUCGGACCUGCAUUCUCAAUAAUUGGACCAUAGUUAUUGACUCGUCAACAGCUUCGGGAACUUGAUUGCAAGGUUCUUAUUCACUUUAUAGUCUGGACCGGGAACCAAGUGAUUACUCAUGUUCCUUUCUAUGGUGAAUGUUAAUGCGGAUGAAAAUUUGCUUCAAGCGAAGUACAAUACACUUUCCAAGCUUUUGACCAAUAGAGACGAGGGUUCCUACGAGAGUACCAUCAUGAGUUUACCUUCAAAAUUGCAAAACGAAAUAGUACAUAUUAGACUUGUAACAAACUAUUCUAAAUGAAACCUUCAAUUUAAUGCAAAAAUAAUGGAUUUUUUCACUAGAUCGAGACCAGAUGAUUCUUGAAAUAUUUGUGAAGAGCUGAUUUGUUCAAACAAGAAAAAAAUCCAAGUAUCUUUUCAAUAUGUCAAUAAAUUCAGAAUGAAAAUUCAGUCUCUGAUAUUGAUUUACUAAAACAGUCUAUUUAUUUUAUAAGAUUUUCUAUUCGCAACUGUAAUAUGAAUGUUUACUUUUCUCACACACUGUUUACUUUCCAUAAAAACUUUUUAACCAACAAUUUAAUGCAAUUUUGCUCAUCAAAUGCCAAACUUUGCUCACACAACAAACUCCAAACUUUUUCUCGAAAACCUAUGUAUGUAUAUGUUUGAACAACAACAAUAACAAUAACAAAAACAACAGGAGCAGCGACAACAACUACAGUAACGUCAGAGGAAAAUCGAGGGGAAAUGAAUGUGUCCACCGCUCUCACAUCAACCGAGCCAGAGACGUCAAAGUAUUCAUGGUCACGUUACCUGAACAUGUCUACACAGACGCCACCCUCGCGCCGCCAUCAACGACCCAGCAUGCAAGUGGAUAGCGCCGAAGAUGGCGAUGAUGAUGAUGAUGAUGACGACGACGACGAUGAUGAGGAUAAUGACGUGGACGAUGACAGCGAUGGCAAGGAUAAUGAAAAUGACAAUUUGAUUGAGUCCGAUGAAGAGGGCGAGGCCACCACACAUUUCGGUGGCAGUGCUGGUGGUGGUACUGGUGGCGUUGGAGCGGAUGCUUAUAGACCACACGCCUCUACAUCGGACGCAGCUAAAACUCGUGAUCGGCAUGCUGAUCGGGUAGCCAAGUUUUCAUCGAUUUGAGAAUUUCCGCCAAACCGAGUUUAUUGCGUGUCAUACAUGCGAAGGCGAUAGUAGGUGGUGAAUGUCUCGAUGCGUUGGUUUGUAGGCUUAGAAAUAUUAGAUUUUAAUUCUUUUCAAUGUACAAGUGAGAAUCGUAGCUUUACAGUCAGAAUAUUCAAUAAAUGCAAUUCGUGUACAUCCCAGGUAGCUGCCAAAUAGUUUUUGUAUGUAUUAGAGUAAGGUACUGCAGAAGCCAAUCACGCACAUAACCGCACACAUACACAUACCUUUUGAUUCAUAAAAUUUUUUGCAAAAUAUUGCUCGUUUCACGGAUUUCUCUUGCGUUAGAUAUUAUGUUCGAUAUAAGAAUGAAUUUAAUCGUACAUGGGAUCACUAGCAAUAUAAAUAGUUCCAAGUCGAGUAAAAGACAGUUUCUUGCAUUCUAGUUAUGGUGCGAAAAUCUUGUUGAAUAGCAGAGGAGCAGAGGAGCAGACGAGAGAUUUCCAUCAUUCUUUAGUUCACAUCUAACUCUGUUUCGAUUAAGACGGGCAAGGAGCAAUUGUUUAUAUUUGAAAGUUGCUUUUAUUCAUAUUUUCGGAAUACCCAGUAAAACUUUGAAAAAAGAAUAGAUAUGUUACGAGUUCCAAGCAAUCUCCGAGGGCGCUAAACCAAGAUCCUUCAAUGGUGUAGUUAUUCCGACUUUCCCGGUGGAUGUUCAUGUUCUUUGGCGAUUUUUAAUGAGAUCAAAUACCACACAUGAAUAUCAAUAUAUAGAAUAUGCAGAAAUUUUAUAGUGAUCGGAUCAUAUGUCUCCGAGUGAUUACUGCAGAAACUUCGAAAACUUCUGCUUUAUUGGCAUAGGCAACGCUUACGCGGUUAUAGCUGAGUUUACAACAGCGCCCCAGUCGUUCUCCCUUUUCGCUGUUUAGAUGUUCAGCUGGUCUUUCAAACGGAGUGGAGUUCUACCUCACUAGACUACAGUAUCGCAAAAAAUACGUUUAAAAUUAAACUGAUUAAGCUGAUUGAACCAAUCGGUUAUAACUUACAGGUUUGUAACUCAAAAACUAUAUGAGGUAUCGCAGCAAAAUUUUAGAUUGAUAUUUUUAAAGGUAUGACCUAUCGAAAUAUGAAAAAAUAAUAUUUCCUUUUAAACUUCACACUAGGUGUGUUCCUUAAGAGACAUUGCUAAGUAACUUUGUAGUCAAAUACGCAAAACACCUUUUCGAACAUUACUAAGUGUCUUUGAAGUUAAGUACCCAAAAACAUGCUUUCAUAUUCGCUUACAUCGUAAGCUCAAGGAGUAAUUUGAUAAUUUAAUAUCCUCUUAAAAUACUGAUAAGCAAAUACAAAGAUGAUGUCUUCGAGGUUUUCGAACUCUAUCUCAAACACUUUAAUGUCCACAUGUUGACAAUUUGACAUUUCUCUUUUUGUUAUUAUGAGGAAUAUACUAAAGAUAUGAUAAACUCUUGCAUUUCGAAAUUGAGAUAUUAUACUCAGUACCUUACGCGGUUAUAGCCGACACCCAGCCUUCACAAAAUGAAAUUACGCCAGUUCUUAUCUCAAAACAUGAUUGUGGAAACACUUUCGCAGUAAUUUUCUGGAUUUACUUCAUACAACCCCAAACAUGCUCCCGAACAUGCUCCCGAACGUGAUCUAACACUGCCAUAAAAAACAGUUUUCACGGUGUAAUCGGCACAAUCCGAAUACCGACGAGCGUCACACCACAUACCCGCGCAGUACCGCCUCAAACAAUAUAUCACCGCCAACAGUCACUCAAACACCGUUAGAAUUGCUCACAACUGAUGACGUCAUACACUUUGUAAAUAAUAGUUAAUCAUUGCAAUUUGCUGUAAAUAUAAUCAUCUUAGAUUUUUUUCUAAUUGGACGAACAUUUAGCUCUUGAACACACACUACCACAGCAUAGUAUAUAAAAGGGUACAAGUACAAGUGAAAGCGUGUGAGUUGGGCGUGGCAAAUAAUGACGCCCAAAUGCACUAUUGUGCUUUGUAAUUGUAAUCUAAAUGAAAAAAAAACUAGAUAAAAAUAAUAGAGAGUUAGGAUAUAUUCAAACAAAAAUCAAUACUGUAAAAUAUAUAUACAAUUUUAGUGCGUAAGUGUCGUAGUUAUGGUAAGACAAAUUCUUGAAGUAAUCUAUUGAAAAUACUUGUAAAAUGUAUGUAGCUAAGAAUUGAAUAAUCAAAAAAUAAGUUAUACUCGAAAAAGGUUUACAGUUAUUCAAGAAAGAGGAUUAGAACAGCAUUCACUUACAUACAUACACAUUUACAUACGUUCAUCAAACGAAAUUUACAUAAUUACGAUUCAAUAAAACAUAAACUUAUUAAUAAUAAUUGUCAUGUGUAUAUUGGAAACGAUUUACUUUAAAUAAAUAAAAUACUUGAAAUUAAUUAGGUAAGAAGAAGAAAAAAUUAAAAAAGAAAAAUCAAUGAAAUAACUAAGCAAAUUUGUACUAUUGGAAAAGAACUGCCAAACAAAUGAGUAAACAUACAAAGAAAUUAAAAAAAAAAAAUAUUAAAAAAACUAAAAAUAAAUUAUAAAAAAUUAGCUGAGUUGUAAAAAUUAAAACUAAAAUUAUUAUUAUUAAUAAUAAUUCCAAAAAAUGACACAAAGAAUGGAAAUCAAAGCUUUUCAGCGUCAUCGUUAGUGUAGCUAAGAGAUAUUCACUAAAUGACUAAAAUUUGCAUAAAAUAAAAGAAAAAAAUUUAAUAGCAGAAAUCAGCAAAACUAAUGAGCCGCAAAAAGCGCUAAUGAAAAGUAAUUAAUUUUGUAGUUUUAAAGAGCAUAGCAGUAAAUAUUUACCAAUAAUUCCAAUGACUUGUCUACAAACUACAUAAAUAUACAUGUAAUACAAAAUAUAUAGAUAACUGUGUAUGAAUAAAAAUAAUAACGGUAUCAAGCAGCAGUUGCUAAUGUGAGUCAGGCGUAUUUUGUCGUUUUGUUGUAAUUGUAUGUAACGUGUGUAUGAAAGUUUGUAAAAUUUUAAAAAUUCGUAAACAAUAAAAACCUAGUGCAGACAAAUUAAAAUUAAUAGAAAUAAAAAUAAAUACCAAAACAACUAAAAACAAACAAAAAAAAUUAAUUAAAUUAUAAUAAAAAAAAUUACGACAUUUUCAAAAUAGGUAAAUGAGUUUAGCAAUUAAUAUUAAAUUUAAAGCAAGCCAACAAACAAACAAACAAAUAA